AGACUAAAUAAUUUCUCUCUUCCCAAAGUCGAUACUCCUUCCUGCCUUUGUUGACUCUUAUGUGCGCUGUCUCUGUCUCUGUCUCUGCCCCCCUCUCUCAGCCUCCUAACGUUACAUACCAGACCAAGCCUACCCAAAAGAAAGUAAGAAACCCCAGAAGAAAAAAGAGCGACGUCAGUCAUGGCAGCACUGAGCUGGUUGUGGAGACUCUCCCUGGCUGUAACUCUAGGACUUGUUUCUGGGAACUCGGAAGGGGACGCUCUCUCCACGCUGAGGCGGAGUUUAUCUGAUCCUGACAAUGUCCUCCAGAGCUGGGAUCCCACCCUUGUUAACCCCUGUACUUGGUUCCACAUCACCUGCAACCAGGAUAACCGCGUCACACGAGUAGAUCUUGGUAAUUCAAAUUUGUCUGGACAUCUGGUACCUGAACUCGGGGAGCUAGAGCAUCUACAGUAUCUGGAGCUAUAUAAAAACCACAUUCAAGGAACUAUCCCUGCAGAGCUUGGUAGCUUGAAGAGUCUCAUCAGCUUGGACUUAUACGGUAACAACAUGUCUGGGAUGAUUCCUCCUUCGUUGGGGAAACUGAAGUCUCUGGUGUUUUUACGGCUUAAUGACAACAGGUUAAAUGGGCCAAUCCCCCGGGAGCUAAUUGGUGUUUCAAGCCUCAAAGUUGUAGAUGUCUCAAACAAUGAUUUGUGUGGAACUAUUCCAACCAGUGGACCAUUUGAGCGCAUACCUCUGAACAACUUUGAGAAUAAUCCUCGGCUAGAAGGUCCAGAGCUGCUGGGACUUGCCAGUUAUGACACUAACUGCUCGUGAAGAUGUAUGAUGCUGCAAAACCUCAGCUCCUUUUAUCAGAAAUCGGAAGUGGUAAUCAGUACAUGGGGAUUAGUGGCAAAUUGACCUCCUCACACACACACACACACGACUAUCUGUAAAUUUUACAACACUACUGCAUUGUUGUGCUGUUUCUAAGAUGUAAAACAUUACAUUUAUGCAAUACUAGAGAAGGGUUUACCAACUA